AUGCGCCGUCUCACUCGCCAGCCGAGAAAUGCCAACCAUCGCCAACAGGUUGGCAAUUUUUGGCAGCUUCUAUCAACGCUUCACGACUGGUACCAAGCACCCGCCAAGUUGCAAUAUCGGUGUUGGCACCUUCGCCACGGCCAGAUAAGCCCCCAGUGCCAUCCUUUUGGACGCCUUCCACUGGCCUUUGCACCUGCCAAAGACACGGGCCCAAGAGACCAUUUCGGAUCGCUCCAAGAGCACAGACAGCACCAAAAUCUAGGUUGGGCCGACCAUCACACCACACAACCUCCCAAAAUCACUAUUACCUAUGGUUUGUGGGCCUCGUUUACAGGCUCGGGCCAGCAGCUCCUGUCAAAAAUCCAUGGCGAACACUUCGCCUAUCUCUUAGCUUCAAUUCGACAUAUUCCAUCGGCCGUCUGGACCCUUCCGACGUGUCGUUGUCUCGGCACGCCAGCCACGUCGUCAGGGUACGAGAGAGGCUGA